GCUGUCCAUAUGGGCUCUGUGUGUCUAUCCAGAUAAUCUUUGUUGGAGGAUUAAGACCGGAGCAGGAAGACAUUCAACACGACCUGCAUUUGUCCAAAGAGGGUCCUUUAACCUUUCAGGACAAAUCUCCACUGCCGAUCAUAAUGUCUUUAUUGGAUUUUCUUGGGCAGGGGAAGCUUUUGGGGGUCGGAGCUCUGCUGGUGUGGCUCGUCCUCUUCCACCUUCUUGUUAAUGUUUGGCUCCUCUGCGUCUUCACCAGUCUCCUGGUAGUUCUCGGAGGUUGGCUUGGGUCACGGGCUCUGCUGGAUGCCAACAGCGUUCUCCACCUGGAGCACUUCUUGCCUCUUGGCAACAUUAACCCACCUCAGUAUUCACCUGAGCACGAGUGGAGAUUGAACCAUGAGAUCCACAGCGCUGUCCACAAAGCAGUGCGUGACUUUGUGUCCUCGUGGUAUCGCACUCUGCUGCCCGAGGUGGAGGGCGAGUUUGAGCGUGCGGUGUGUAAUUCGAUGCUGGAGUCAGUGAUGGAACUGAAGGAGCGUGCCCGGCGAGUGGACAGAAAAGCCAUGGUUCAGCGGUUGUUGGAGGUGUACGGGGGUCACCUGCAGAACUACAUGACAGUAAGACAGAUACAGUCAACACAAAAGAGAAGCAUGAGCCUCUGGCAGCUCUACAGUGAAGUAGACACCCCUCAUCCAGCUGUGAGCAGCAAAGCUGCUGAGCUCAGCUACUCCAGAGCUCUAGUUCACCUUGUACUACACGUGCUGGUUCCAUACCCACAGAUGGAAACCAGGACAGGAGGUUACAUGGUUACAGAACUUAUUACCUGCAACGUGCUGCUACCGCUCAUAAGCAGGAUAUCCGAUCCUGACUGGCUCAACCAGACCAUUGUAGACAUACUUACCAGAUGCAGAGAACCACACCAGGAAAUCAACGUGGAUGACCUCCCAGUAGAUCCCCUAUACAAAUGUCAGAUCGACCAGGAGUCCUGGGCCACCUGCAUGUCACUGUCUUCUUCCGAUCAAGCUGGUCUCGCCAGCAAAAGCUCCUCUGACCUUGAUGACCUGAAUGAGAGCCAGAGCACGAUCCAUGAGACGGAGUCCUCACUGAGCAGCAUGGUUAGCUUGGCGUCAGCUGGGAAAUGUCAAAGCUGCCGCCCAGGCCUGCUCACACCAUACAAAGUGAACUGCUGUCCGCUCACAUCUGUCCACCACUCCAACUCGUCAGAGUCCAAAAUAAUUUCACUGGACUCGCUAACUCAGUCUGACUCUGAUGAUGAUCUAAAAGGAGGCUUUUGCGAGUGUGGUCCUUCAAACAACUUCUGCAGCAUGCUCACUUCAAAAGAUGAUGAAGCCUAUGGAUGCUUCGGCCCUCUGAGAAAUCUAGGACAGAAGGUGGUGGUGCCAGUGGACUCCCAGUGGCCUGCAGGCAUAGCUGAAGAGAAAUCUCCAGGUUGCCCUAGAAGAAAGCUUUGUUUACCCUCUUAUAGCUUGGAUUCCCCCAGCAAUGCAGUGGCACCUGUGAACAUCCAGAAUGUCAGAAUUGGUGGCACCGUCACCGCAAAAGAGCAGCGUGGCACCGGCACACAUCCCUAUAUUCUUUACACUGUAAAGUUUCAGACAGCGACCAGUGAUGGCAGCGCCACUCCACAGCAUGCGGCCUGUCACGCUGUCAAUCGCAGAUACAGCGAGUUCCUCAACUUGCAGACACGAUUAGAGGAGAAGCCCGAAAUGAAGAAAUUAAUCAAGAAUGUCAAGGGCCCAAAGAGGAUUUUCCCUGAUCUCUCAUUCAGCAGUCCAGACGGUGAGAAGGUUGAAGUGCGUAAAAGCCAGCUGGAUGCCUUCCUAAAACAAUUAAGCAGCAUUCCUGAGAUAGCCAACAACGAAGACAUGCAGGAGUUCCUAGCUCUCAAUUCAGGUGUCUGUACGUAUUUUGGAAGAAAACCUUUUGCCAAGUCAAGAAUUGAUAAGAUGAUGGAAAAUGCUUUGGACACUUUGAAGACAGCUUUCCCACAUCCAGAACCCCUCAGCCCAACAGAGGACAUUGAUGGAGAUCCUGAUGGAAGAACAAUGGACAACAGAAAAUACAGGAGGCUCUUCCCAAGCAAAAUCUCCCCAGCCUUCAAUAUACCCAACAUUCCUGAUCUACAUCCUAAAGUGACAUACUGCUUCAGUGAAGGCAGCACUGUCCUCAAUGGCAUGUCACUGUCCCACCUCGAGAAUUUUGUUGGUGAGCAGGAAACACUGUUAUGUGGACUGAAUGGGAAAGAGAACAAGCAGAGGUGUGAGCAAGAUGUGAAGAAGACUUCAGGGAAAACUCACGGCACAGGUGUCGCCCACCUUACCAGUGCUCCUUGCUGGGUGAUUUACCUACAAGUGCUGCAGGAAGCUGUAUGGCCCGGUGGCACUCUGCCUGCUCAACCACAGCCUGAGCGAAGUGCUGCACAAAAGGAGAAAACAAAGGAGCAAUGUUUGGACUGCCUGAUGCAGCUGCUCCCAGAGCUCAUCACUGACAUGCUGGGUAAUGAGAAGUACAGACUGAGUUUGGAGACUAUGCUGGAGUCUUUGCAGGACCACCAGAUAAACAAGCAUCUGCUUUAUUGCAUCUGUGACCUGCUGCUGGAAUUUUUGAUCCCCGAGUCGUGUGAUGAGAACUUCCAGCAUUCUCUGCUACAGAGCUUGACCAAAGACACAUAUUGAGACAACAAUGAUCGUCAUUAG